ACUUAGCUGCCGGUGCCUAGAAUUGCUGUUUGGACUAGGCUGUCCUAUGAAGAACCAUGAGCUGGACUUGUCCACGUUGCCAGCAACCAGUUUACUUCGCCGAGAAAGUGAGCUCCUUAGGCAAGAACUGGCACCGUUUCUGCCUGAAAUGUGAGCGCUGCCACGGCAUCUUGUCCCCUGGUGGGCAUGCAGAGCACAACGGGAGGCCAUACUGCCACAAGCCUUGCUAUGGGGCUCUCUUUGGACCUAGAGGGGUCAACAUUGGUGGUGUGGGUUUCUAUCCCAACAGUCCCCACGCUCCCUCCUCUACCAGCAGCAUUUCCCUCAGCCCCAGCAACUUUAGACCCCCAAGGCCAAAGGCUGGCCUCCCCCAGGCCAAGAAAAGCCCUCCCUACAUGAAGACAUUUACUGGGGAGACCUCACUGUGCCCUGGAUGUGGAGAACCUGUCUAUUUUGCAGAGAAGGUGAUGUCUUUGGGCAGAAACUGGCACCGACCCUGCCUGAGGUGCCAACGUUGUAGGAAGACCUUGACUGCUGGGAGUCACGCAGAGCAUGAUGGCAUACCCUACUGCCACAUCCCCUGUUAUGGAUACCUGUUUGGCCCCAAAGGUGUGAACAUUGGCAAUGUGGGCUGCUAUAUCUAUGACCCAGUGGAGAUAAGAUCCAAAUGAGCCAUUCACGGGACUGAUCAUCCUAACUCAGGCCUCCCACCCUCUCUUCGGUCCACUGGAAGCUCUGGAAUUCCCUAGUCC